GCCGUUUUGUGCUUUAUUUGCUUUAGCAGUGAAGGCUGAAAGAAAGGUUCUGCCUGCCUCCUCAAGUAGUAGAAGGAAGCAGCAUACACAUACAAGAGAGAAGAGACGAAGGCAGCAUGGGCUUUCAACUUUAAUUAGUUAGAAUAAACCAAACGGCCUGGAUGGUUUUCUUUUUUUUUCUUUUUCUUUUCUUUUCUCCUUCUUUCUUUAUUAUAUCCUGUUUCUGUUUCUGUUUCUCUCUCUCUUUAUUAAUUUCUCCUUUUUCCUCUUCUCACAUAAUUAAACCGCGCAGCCUAGCUAUUACUACAUACAUCCGCUUCAUAAAUUAGCAAAGUCUUAAAGAUAGAAGAGAAUGAUGAUAAGUAGUAGUAGCAGUAGUGGAUUGUUGCAUAGAAAAAGAAUUGAAAAUAACAAGGAAAGAAGUAGAAUCGAUGAAUAAGAUGGAUCUGAUAGAUGCGAAGCUGCAAGAAGAGCAUCAAUUGUGUGCAUCAUCGUGGAAACAGUGCCCCGCUUGUGGACAUAAGUUUGAAGGCAGCAGCGGGAAGAAGGGGGAGUGGGAGUGGGUAGGUCUGCCAGCAGGAGUGAAGUUCGAUCCAACAGACCAAGAACUGAUAGAGCAUCUAGAAGCAAAAGUAGAGGCAAAGAGAUCGCACCCUUUGAUCGAUGAGUUCAUUCCCACCAUCGAAGGAGAAGAUGGAAUCUGUUACACCCAUCCCGAGAAACUUCCAGGUGUGACGAGGGAUGGGUUGAGCAGACACUUCUUUCACAGGCCAUCAAGGGCGUACACCACUGGAACACGGAAGAGAAGAAAGAUUCUUCAAAACGAUGAGGCAGAGGCCGAGAGAGGAGAGACACGGUGGCACAAGACCGGUAAGACAAGGGCCGUUAUGCUCAAGGGAAAGCAGAAGGGGUGCAAGAAGAUUCUGGUGCUGUACACCAACUUCGGCAAGAACAGGAAGCCCCAGAAGACCAACUGGGUCAUGCAUCAGUACCACCUCGGACUCCAUGAAGAGGAGAAAGACGGGGAGCUCGUCGUCUCUAAGAUUUUCUACCAAACUCAGCCCAGGCAAUGCAGUUGGUCUUCUUCUUCUUCUUCUUCUUCAAUUACUGCUGCUGCUCCCCCUGUCAAAACUAAUAAUGACACUUGUCCCGUUCUUGGAUUCCCUCCUAUGGAACAUUUCAGCAGCUUCAUCCCUCUCAGAAAAACCCUCCAUAAUGAGGUGAUUAAUUUAUCAUAA